GAAGCAAGCAAAUAUUAAAUGAGAACGCGAACAAGCACCGGGAUUCGGGUCCAAACCCAUGUCAGAAAAGAAUUGGCUGAUGAGAACGUUGCUGAAGUGGAAACCAGUGAUUUCCCAGAAGAGAUAGAUUGGUACUUGGUUGGUGGCUCUCUUAUUACCGCUUCAUCAACUACUAAAGGAAGGAAAUUGAUGGACAAUGAGAUUGUCCAUUUUGGUUUCUCUAGUUUUGGCUCCAAGUAUCAUAGACAGGGCAUUAUUCGAUUCUCUACUAAAAGAUUUGGAGAGAUUGGUAGGCUUCCGAUGGAGUGGGGAAAAAGUGUUGUUCCACUCGUGAGUUCUGGCAAGGUUAGAGUUCGUGGACGAUGUGUAGCUGCACCAGAGAACCUUCAAAUGUUGCAGGAUGUUGUGUUGUAUGUGAGUUUCUAUGUUCACCAAUCGAUAUUCACUGAGUUGUGUAUUUCAACAUGGAGGCUAGAUGCUCCUCCAAACAUUGAUCCUACAGUUCACCCCCUUGCUACUUUGUUCAAGUUACUGGACAUGAAACCAUAUCAGAAGGCUGAAUUUAGUCCUGCAGAACUUGACUCUCGAAAGCGACCCCUCAACUAUGAAGAUCCAGAGGAAGAUGCCGUUAUGUUGCAUGUAGUAAAAAGGGGAUCAGGAUGCCAGCAAGACCAAGAGAAGGAUGAACAAGCUUUCUCUGAGUCAUCUUUGAAUAAACUUGUUGGUGCUGUAGAUACAUAUGACUUGGAGGAGAUGGAGCCUCCAUGGACCCUAACCUGUAAUUUGAAACCAUAUCAGAAACAAGCUCUCUAUUGGAUGGCUGAAUCAGAGAAGGGAAAUAAAGCUGAGAAAGCAGCAGAAACUCUUAAUCCAUGUUGGGCAGCUUAUCGCAUAUCGGACAAGAGGGCUUCAUCGCCAAGCAUUUAUUUAAACAUAUUUUCUGGGGAAGCCACUACUCAAUUUCCAACUGCAUCACAGAUGACAAAAGGGGGAAUACUAGCUGAUGCAAUGGGACUUGGAAAGACAGUGAUGACAAUUGCUCUUAUACUAGCAAGACCAGGCAAAGGAAGCUCUGACUGCAAAGAAAGAGUAAACAGAAUAGAAGAUCCCCGCACAAAUACCAUGCCUAAAGCUAAGGGUGGCACUCUUAUUAUCUGCCCCAUGGCUUUGCUAGGCCAGUGGAAGGAUGAGCUUGAAACCCAUUCAGAGCCAGGAAGCAUUUCCAUUUUUGUUCACUAUGGCGGGUACAAAACAAAUAACCCCAGGAUUAUAUCUGGAUAUGAUGUGGUCUUGACAACAUAUGGCGUCCUAACUGAAGCUUACAAGCAUGAUAUGGAGAACAGCAUUUUUAAUAGGGUUGAGUGGCAUAGGGUGGUGCUAGAUGAAGCUCAUACCAUCAAGUCCUGGAAGACCUUAGCUGCUAAGGCUACAUUUUCAUUGUCGUCAUAUUGCAAAUGGUGUCUUACUGGGACACCUAUUCAGAACACCUUGGAAGAUCUGUACAGCCUUCUGUGCUUCUUGCAUGUUGAGCCUUGGUGCAACUGGCCAUGGUGGAACAAAUUAAUUCAAAGACCGCAUGAAAAUGGAGACCCUAGAGCCUUGAAGUUGAUCAAGGCUAUUUUGAGGCCGCUAAUGUUGAGAAGGACCAAGGAUACAAAGGAUAAGGAGGGAAGGCCCAUACUUGUUCUUCCUCCAACUGACAUUCAAUUAAUCAAGUGUGAACAAUCGGAAGCUGAACGUGAUUUUUAUGAUGCCCUUUUUAGAAGAUCAAAAGUCCAGUUUGAUGAGUUUGUUGCUCAGGGCAAGGUUCUGCACAACUAUGCAUCUGUCCUUGAGCUGCUACUACGACUGAGGCAGUGUUGCAACCACCCAUUUCUUGUUAUGAGUCGAGCUGAUAUCCAACGAUAUGAGGAAUUGAACAAGUAUGCAAGAAGGUUUGUGGAAACAAAUUCUAAUUUUUCCACUCCAAGGCAGUCAGCUGCCACCGAAGCAUGCAUUGAAGAGGUUGUUGAGGCCAUCCGCCAUGCUAGUUCUGCCACCAUAAGGCAAUCAGCACCUACUCCAGCAUACAUUGAAGAGGUUGUUGAGGGCAUCCGGAGGGGUGAAAAUACCGAGUGUCCCAUAUGCAUGGAGUCUGCAGAUGACCCCGUGCUCACACCAUGUGUACACAGGAUGUGCAGGGAAUGUCUCAUCUCUUGCUGGCAAACACCAAUAUCAGGGAUAUGCCCAAUCUGUCGAACUUCACUGAAAGCAAAUGACCUGAUAGCAUGCCCAACAGAGGGUAAGUUCCAGGUUGAUGUUGAGAAUGACUGGAAGGAGUCUUCAAAGGUUUCCAAGCUUCUGGAAUGCUUGGAACAUAUCCAUAGGUCAGGCUUUGGUGAAAAGAGCAUUGUUUUUAGCCAGUGGACUUCAUUUUUGGAUCUUUUAGAGAUCCCACUGAAAAGGAGAGGAAUUGGGUUCUUAAGGUUUGAUGGAAAACUUGCACAGAAGCAGAGAGAGAGGACUUUGAAGGAGUUCAAUGAAACCAGGGAAAAAAUGGUAUUAUUGAUGUCUUUAAAAGCUGGUGGCGUAGGCCUGAAUCUUACUGCAGCCUCAAAUGUUUUCUUAAUGGAUCCAUGGUGGAAUCCUGCAGUCGAGGAGCAAGCAAUAAUGAGAAUCCAUCGGAUAGGACAGAAGCGAACAGUUUUUGUUAGAAGAUUCAUUGUUGAGAGCACAGUUGAGGAACGCCUGCAGCAAGUUCAGGCAAAGAAGCAGAGAAUGAUUGCCGGUGCCCUCACCGACGAGGAAGUCAGGUCCGCUAGGAUUGAGGAACUCAAAAUGCUCUUUAGAUAAAUUACAGCUUCUACGUUGUCAUCAUUAAUUUAAAGCCAUUCUGCAUCAGAAUAUGUUGAAAACAUAUGCACUUUGGGUGUCUUCAUGUAUAGAGUCCUGUGAGGGCCCAUUUUUGUAAAUUAUGGCAUUUAUGAUUUAUCCAUCAUUUCAUAA